AAAAUUAAAUGACAAAUGUCAUCCUUGACACGAUGCUGUACCAUGUCGCUAUUCUUUUGUUCGUUAUUACGUGAAUUGUUGGUUUGCAAUAGGUUAGUACACCGGGAAAGCGAAAGUGUGUUGUAUAGAUUUUUGUGGGCGUUAGUGUUGAAGAUGAUAUAGAAGUUCACCUCAUUAACAAAUUAUAAAGGCGCCCCUCUGCACAAGUGUCCUUGACUGAUCAGCAAGGAGAGAGAAAUACAGAUCUGAAGAUGAGUAGUUCUGAAGAGGUAUCCUGGAUCUCAUGGUUUUGUGGCUUGAGGGGCAAUGAGUUCUUCUGUGAGGUGGACGAGGAUUACAUUCAGGACAAAUUCAAUCUGACUGGCUUGAAUGAGCAGGUGCCCCAUUAUCGUCAGGCUCUAGACAUGAUACUCGACCUCGAGCCGGAUGAUGAGCUGGACGACAAUCCGAACCAAUCAGAUCUGAUCGAGCAGGCGGCGGAGAUGCUGUACGGCCUCAUACAUGCUCGGUACAUAUUGACCAAUCGGGGGAUUGGCCAGAUGAUCGAGAAAUACCAAUCUGGAGAUUUUGGCCAUUGCCCACGGGUGUACUGUGAGAGUCAACCUAUGUUGCCUAUCGGAUUGUCAGACAUACCUGGGGAGGCGAUGGUCAAGACAUACUGUCCCAAGUGCAUGGAUGUUUACACACCGAAGUCAUCACGUCACCACCAUACGGACGGUGCUUAUUUCGGCACUGGUUUCCCGCAGAUGCUUUUUAUGGUGCAUCCAGAAUAUCGUCCAAAACGUCCUGUUAAUCAGUUUGUCCCACGUCUGUAUGGCUUCAAGAUUCAUCCACUUGCAUACCAGAUCCAGCAACAGGCAGCCAGCAAUUUCAAGGCCCCACUUCGUGCUAUCAGCUACAACAAUGGGAAGCGUUAACAUUUGGACUGGCACCUGAGAGAGCUUUUUCAGCUUUUUUCUUAGCAUCAAUAUUUAAUAGAUAUUCGUUCUUUGUCUUUGUAGGUUAAUGUAAUAUUACAUGGGCUACUGCCAAAUUUAAUCACAGUGUACUUGUCAUACAUUGUGUUGUGGAGUGCUUCGUGUUUUAUCAUUCCUCUUGUGCUGAAAUUAGUCCAGAAUAAUUUGAGUGUAUUUAUGUCUGGUACAUUUACAUCUUGGAUAAAUUGUCUCAAUUGUGUUUACUGUUUGGUUGGGUGAAUUUCAUUAAUUUAAUGAUUUUAUGAGAACAGAAUAUGUAACAGUUCAUUGUUGUCAUUGAAUAUCACAUGACAUUAUCUUCCCCUUUUAUGCGCUGCACCCAUUUCAUGUUGUUCAUAGGAAUGAUGUAUUGCAACUAUUUAUCUUUUCCAUAUUUCAGUAUUUUAAACAUAGCUGCACAACAGCAACGGUUCCACGUAAUAGAAUUAUGAACAGCCGACCAGUUGCAAUGGGUAAAGAAAUCUUUACCUAGGUUUCAACAAAUUUAAAUUUGUCUUCUUCAGAAGGUGGCAAUUUUACAUUAGUAUGGACUGAUGUAUCAUCGCCGUUUUUACAAAUGUCGCUUGUGAGCUCUGCAACAUCCAUGUACUAAUUUAUAUUUACAUGACAAACCCUAUUUUUAAGGCUAUAUUUUAAUUUGGACAAAUGGAUCCAUGCAGACAUUUGUAAAAACGGCGAUGAUACAUCAGUUCAUACUAAUGUAAAAUUGCCACCUUCUGAAGAAGACAAAUUUAAAUUUGUUGAAACCUAGGUAAAGAUUUCUUUACCCAUUGCAACUGGUCUCCUGUUCAUAAUUCUUUUCCAUAUUUGUUAUUCAGCAUCAGGGAUUGUAAUUUUGAUAGAGGUUUAUUCAAUCUAAUUGGAUAAAAUUUUUUCAGCUUGAUGCUCAUUCAUAUAGAUAAAAUUUUAGGAAGUAGUGGCACAAUAAGACACUUAUUUACACAUACUAGAACUUUCAGUUUUCUAAUUUUUUAUUUAAAGGAUUCAUAAACCUUCUUAUUUUGUAAUAAUACAAUGCUGGGAACUGAGAGUGGGGCCUGGGCUCAACAUUUUUGUGUUUGUAGAGGCAGAAGGGAUUGGAAAAAUUCCCAGGAUAUUGAUUGUAGUGAGGAAAUUGUAAUUUGUACUGAUAAAUUUCUUAACAACCACGUGGUUUAAUGAACGCAAUAGGGCUGCCACCCAUGUUUGUGAUAUGUAACUAUUAUUACAGUGUACAUUAAAAAGUAUUUUAAAAAUAUUCCUACAAAUUGAAGGAAAGAUAAAGUUUAAGCUGAUGUGAUAAAUUUAUUCUGAGAGCAUUGAAAGUUAUAAUGAUACGUAAUAUGAGCGUAUCUCACGCAUUGAAACAAGAAAUUUCAUGGUAUGGCACUCGUGUAACAGAGGGCCAUACCAGAGGAUAUUUUUUACAUUGGUAAUUGAAAGUUACCAGAAAGAUAAACUAAUUAAUUCAACAGGCAGUUUAGGUUUGUGUAUAAUUGAAAACAUGUAAGCCUUUGCAUCAAUACUGGUAAUGUGACACCAGACUACAUGGGUCCAAUUAAUGGCAUUCUGACUUCGUGUGAAAAGUUUAUGAUUUUCAUUUUUUAAAAAGAAUUUCCACAUAUGGAAGGGAGUAGGGUUUAAAACAGUUGGGUGUCAAAUAUUGUUACCAUAAUUGUUUGAGAUCCUCCUCUUGUCAAAAUUAGUGCAUAUUUGGUAAUUUAACUAUUUAUUGAAAUAUAAGAUGCAGUUAAGAGUAACCAUAGAAUGUCUCAUGACUGUGAACUGUUUAAUUAAGCUCUUGUAAUUGGAUUGUUUUUUCAUGAAUAUGGCAUUACUUCAUCAGAUAUUCAUGUAGGAACACACUCAAUGAUUGCAUGAUGCUCUGGAGGCUUGAAUACUAUGGAACAGAAUUUUUAUGAUAGUAAUUGGAUAUUAUUAUAUACAAGCAGAGUAUAUUUUAAAAAUUACUGUAGAUGGUUACGUACUUCUGGGUGAUUUCACGCAUGAAACAGAAAUGAGUUUGGGAAUGACUGUUGUUUAUGGAUGGAUCAUUCCAAUAAAUAUGUAUGUUAAUUCUAAGAGUUUCCCAAAGAAUAUGCUAUUCUGUGAACAACUGAGCUGCUCUGCUCUUGGUAUCAGAUAAUCUUUCACUCUCAUAAUAGUAAGAGUGGAAUCAGUGUUCUGUAUCAGUUUUACAGUGUUCUUAUAGCAUCGUUUGUAACUGUCUCUCUGCAUUAUAAGAUUAUUGGGAACAAUGUACCAAAAUCGAAUUACUUAUUUUAACAAGUGUUAAUCCAUUACUAUUGCGGUGAUAAUUUUGUGGGUCAAAGGCAAACAAUGUAGGUGUGAGAAUAUUAUAAUUGCAGACACAGGAGGUCAGUAAAUGUGUAACAGCAAAUAAGCAUUGUAUUAUGCUCACUUCUGUUUAUUCUCUCAUACUUUUAAACAGAAUGAAUUUUCUCAUAUGCCAAAUUAAUGAUAGUUGCUGUGUUUGGUUCUUGUUAUAUGCUGACAAGUUUCACAAUACUUGAGUACAAAAUUUAUACAAGUGUUUGCUGACACAACUGUUUGGAGAAAUAUGGUAAUAAAUUACCAUUUAGCAGAAUGUAUGUAUUGUCUGCAUCUUUUAGCUAUUCCGAUAAUAUGAUUAAAAAAAAUGGGUAUUUCCACAAUGCACUUUUCAGCAAUUGUUGACACCAUAGUUUCAAACUUUCAUUAUUUCAUGUCAUUAAACUAGAAAGUAUUACUAGUCAGUCAUGAAAGGUUUUACACUUUGCAGGUAUAAAAGGUACGUGCAUCAACAACACUUGGUCUCGCACAGUAAUUGUACAUAAAUAUUUUUGAAAUGUGUUCUUAAUUAAGAUAGAAAUAUUGUGCUACUUCAAAUAUAAACUUUACCUUAUUUAGUAGGAACUCAAGCCAUGUGUGUAAUUAGUACUAGUUUCAAAUUUUACUUCAGGUCUGAACUUCUUUACUUUCUCAGUCUUUGUCAAUAUUAAAUAAGAUUUCUGUUCCUUUGUAGUGUUGUACACACAUAAUUUGUAUGUUCAGUAUUUGUUGCAAUUACAAGUUUACUCUGUAUUCAUUACAGUACUCUUUAGUACAAAACUUGCCUUGCAAUGUAAAAUUUCUUAAUAAAUGAAA